AUGCAAUUGAAUGGUGAAAUACUUCUUCGCAAACCUAUCAAUAUUGGUGUAAGUGGUGAUGCUCAUCGUAGCAUCUUCUUCAUUGGUGGAUACAACAAAGAGUUGGAAUUACAUAACUUAAGGUUCUGCUACAUUCUCAUGGAGGUAGAUGUUGAAGAGGAUGACGUCAUGGAAAAAGAUGGGAGUCCUUUGGAAGAUGAUUAUCAACUCGAGGUUAGGAUUGCUUGUAUGAAGACUAGUUUACUUGGGACUGAAAUGGCCCUAGAUACUAAUAUCAGUAUCUAG